GGCGCGGAAGGUUCUUGUAUCGCCGAUGUGCGGCAGUAAUAGGGCACAGGCCACAACAACAACAAUAACAACAAUAAACACAAUAGGGGCAUUAAUUCUAGAUAUGAAGCUUUCGUGACUGCAGGGAUUCAAACUCUUUGUUUUUUUUCGGUAAAGUCACGUAGGAAAAAAAAUGAAAUUAAAUAAUGCCUCCCAAACGUGAUUUAAUUGAAUUGUUUUCAUUUAUUUUACUUUUUUACCUACGUGACUUUAUCGAAAAAAACAAAGAGUACAAUAGGGGCAGUUCCGUAUGAUCCUUGCAGCACAAGUAGCUGCAUAAGUAGUAGCUUCAUAAGUAGUAGCUGCAUAAGUAGUAGCUUCAUAAGUAGUAGCUGCAUAAGUAGUAGCUGCAUAAGUAGUAGCUGCAUAAGUAGUAGCUGCAUAUGUAGUAGCUGCAUAAGUAGUAGCUGCACGUGUAGCAGCGAAUACACGUGCAGCGAAUACACGUGCAGCUACGACGCUUAUGUAGCAGCUGCUACACGUGUAGUAGCUAUAAAUGUAGCUACGGGCCCCGCACUUUCAAGGGCCCCCCGCGCUAAAUGCUUGCGAGCUAUCAAAUCCGGUUCAGCGAUUCUGCACUUGCUCUAUUACUAUAGUACUACACCGCCUUCGAGUUUUACGAACGACUGGGUGUUUGAGGAUAGACUCACACAGAGACCCAUAGGCUCACUCAAACAGAGACCCAUAGACUCUCACAGAGACCCAUAGACUCACACAGAGACCCAUAGACUCACUCAAACAGAGACCCAUAGACUCACACAGAGACCCAUAUACUCACUCACACAGAGACCCAUAGGCUCACUCAAACAGAGACCCAUAGACUCAUCACACAGAGACCCAUAGACUCACUCACACAGAGACCCAUAGACUCAUCACACAGAGAUCCAUAGACUCACUCACACAGAGACUCAUAGACUCACUCACACAGAGACCCAUAGACUCAUCACACAGAGACCCAUAUACUCACACAGAGACUCAUAUACUCACGCACACAGAGACCCAUAGACUCACUCACACAGAGACCCACAGACUCAUCACACAGAGACCCAUAGACUCAUCACACAGAGACCCAUAAACUCAUCGCACAGAGACCAAUAGACUCAUCACACAGAGACCCAUAGACUCACUCACACAAAAAACCCAUAGAUUCACUCACACAGAGACCCAUAGACUUACACAGAGACCCAUAGACUCAUCACACAGAGACCCAUAGACUCACUCACACAGAGACCCAUAUAUUCACUCACACAGAGACCCAUAGACUUACACAGAGACCUAUAGACUCAUCACACAGAGACCCAUAGACUCACUCACACAGAGACCCAUAUAUUCACUCACACAGAGACCCAUAUACUCACUCACACAGAGACCCAUAUACUCACUCACACAGAGACCCAUUGAGACUCACACAGAAGUUGGAAUCGAUAAUCGAUUCCGGAGCCCACUUUUCCUCAAGCGAAUCGGUAAUCGAUUCUCGCCCUACGACUUUCCCACCCAUCCGUCGCAAGCCGUUCCCGGUUGGCACGUGAAGGCUUUAGCAAAACUCCGUGCAUCGCAGGGAUUCCGGAUAUCGGGGAGUCGGCGUUCAAGUCAUCCGGAUAUCGGGGGUGGGGUGGGGGGAGGAGCAUUUCACUCAUCCGCCGUCCCCUGACUCCACUGAACCGUGCAGCCUUAAGAGACCGUAGGAGCAAGUGCUGUUAGAUAGCACCAACGUUCUCUGCAAACACACACGGACGCACAAACACACGUACGCACACGCUCACGUGCAAAGACAAGCCCACCCGCGUACGCACGCGUACACAAGUACACACACGCACGCAAACGCACAAUCAACAACAACAACCGCCAUUCGCCACUAAGUGGCGGUGACGUCACCACGACGCUUUUCCCAGGCCAUGUGCACCUUGAGGCCAUGUGAAGUGUCGAACGCCCGCUGGCAGGAGGUCACGGGGCAGACCCAGCAGGUGCCACGGGUCGACUGACCGAGAUGACCGAGAUGACUGGCUGAUGCACCACCUGUGCCCCCUACUGUACCAACUUGCGCUUUAGCAACCCGGCGCUCCGCUCGUUGUUGUGAGCGUCGCUCCUCCGCCCUCCGUUGUUGCUGGAGGGCGACUGCCUCCAACUGCCCAGUAGCAGCGUCCUUCACGAGCCUCCUCCACAGAGGCCGAUCUUGACACCGCUGGUACCGGUCAUCGGCAAGUCCACUCAGUUCCACGUCCUCCUGUACCACAUCACUCCAAACACACGCGCGCACACAAACACUCACACACGUACCCAAGGACGCACACACGCACACACGGACCCAAGUACGCACACACGCACGCACGCACGCAGCCACCCCGGGGCCCCGCAUGGCUGCCAGGGUGUGCUCCCCGUGCCUCUCGGCCGUGGCGGGCCGUGGUUGGGCCUUGCUGACUCUGCGUGCCGCCCCCCUCGGCGUGCCCCACAAGGCCCUGUGCGAGACGGCGAAGGCCCGGGGCCAGAGGCACAGGCGGGAGAGGAGGCAGAUGACGGAGAAGCAGCUGGCGCGCUGGUUCGUGGACGAGCGAGUGGUGCAAGUCUCGGGGGGCCGCGGGGGCGACGGGAUGUGCGCCUUCCACAGCGAGCCUCGCAAGGAGUUUGGGGGUCCCGACGGUGGCAACGGGGGAAGGGGGGGCGACGUCAUCAUGGUCGCGGACAGAAUGGUUCGCUCCCUGUCUGGGGUGUCCCGUCUCUACCGCGGACACGAUGGGACUUCGGGUGGCUCGGACAAAUGCUUCGGACGCAACGGCAAAGACAAAUUCCUCCACGUGCCGGUGGGCACGGUGGUACGUGAGGCGGGCUCCUUGGUGGCCGACCUCAGCGAGCAGGGCGAGGAGGUGGUGGUGGCGCGGGGGGGGGUCGGGGGGCGCGGCAACCACAGCUUCCUCACCAACGACAACCGGGCACCCACCACCACGGAGAAGGGAACGGAGGGAGAAGAGAGGACCCUGAAACUGGAAAUCAGACCCAUGGCUCACUUUGGCCUGGUGGGUUUCCCGAAUGCUGGGAAGUCGUCCCUGCUGAGGGCGCUGACCAACGCUCGCCCGGCCGUGGGCGACUACCCCUUCACCACGCUCCACCCGCACGUCGGCAUCGUGGAAUACCGCGACUACACGCAGAUCGCCGUGGCCGACAUCCCCGGCAUCGUGGUGGGUGCGCACGCGGGACGCGGCCUGGGCCUCUCCUUCCUGCGCCACGUGGAGCGUUGCCGCGCGCUGCUCUACGUCGUGGACCUGUGCGGCGCCGCCGCCCCCGCCCGCCGCCUCUCCGAGCUGCGGCGCGAGCUGCUCCUCCACGACCCCUCGCUGGCGCUGGCGCCGCACGCCAUCGUAGGCGCCAAGCUCGACCUGCCGGGGGCACGGGAGGCGCUGGCGCGGCUACGCGACGAGCUGGCGGCGGCAGCGGAGGAGGGCGGUGGCGUAGGAACGGAAGCCGCCGCCGUGGUCGUCCUCGGCGUGUCGGCGAAGACCGGCGAGAACGUGGGGAGCCUGGCGGCGCUGCUGAGGCGGGAGUUUGACGGCGCGGAGGAGAAGGAGGAGUAGCGGCAGGGGUGGGUGGGCACGCCGCGUGGACAUGACGACACCCACCCCCACACCCCCACCACCCCCGUGUAGCUGUAACAGGCUGUAGGGGCAAGUGCUGUUAGCGAGUAACAGCUGUGAAGGUCGGCACUGUGGCACGCGAGGGGGGUGGGUGGUCAGCACCACGCCCCGGUCGCCUUUGUCUCCCCAGUGCCGAUGUUUACUACACGCCGCACGCACACCUACGCACGCACACCUACGCACGCACACCUACGCACGCACACCUACGCAUGCACACCUACGCACGCACACCUAUGCACGCACACCUACGCAUGCACACAUACACACGCACCUAUGCACGCGAGCACGCACCAAAACGCACGCGCUACACACAUACACACGCACACCUACACACCUACACACGCACGCACACCGACAUGCAUAUACACACGCACCUACGCACGCGCUACACACACACACGCGCGCGUACCACGUGCGGCUAUGUUGCUGACGCGAUCGCCUUGCACCGUGUGAUGGACCCCCCCCCCUACACGUGUAGUAGCUACACACGUGUAGUAGCUACACACGUGUAGCAGCUACACGUGUGUAGCAGCUACACACGUGUAGUAGCUACAACACGUGUAGUAGCUACACGUGUAGCAGCUACACACGUGUAGUAGCUACAACACGUGUAGUAGCUACACACGUGUAGUAGCUACACAUGUGUAGUAGCUACGGACCCCGCACUUUCGAGGGCCCAGCGCUAAAUGCUUUCGAGCGGUUCAGUGAUUCCGCACUUGCUGUAUUACCAUAGUACUAUACCGCCUUCGACUUUUAUGAACGACUGGAUGUUUAAGGUUAGCGAUUUGUCAUUACCUGGUUGUAUAGCAAAUAAAAAAAUACAAUUACAGUAAAACCUGUACUGUACUAUGCAAUUAAA